UGGACCGGUUCAUAAAAACAUCGCUCCGUGUUUACUGUCCCUGAAUGCAAACUGGAAAGACAAGAUAGACAUGAUGAACGGAUCCACACACAGUCGGACCAAUUCCUGGAGAGAGAAGAACAACAACGAUCCGGAGCAGUCCAGGGCGCAAUGGAGCACCCAGUCGUUUACAGCUGAGGACAUUGUCCAACAGUUUACUUUACCUCAAAUUGUCAAGUGUAACCAGCAGGCCAUUUUGGUCAAGCGAGAUGUUCCACUUCCGAUCAAUUUGGCACAACCACUUCUGCUCCACGACAAACGAACUAUUCGAAAACUAUUGGCUAGGAAUGUCGUCAUGAAUCCUGCAACGCAGCGUUACAGUGAAAAUGACGAAACAGUGGUCAUUCCAGCCGAUUACGACGAUCGAUUCUCCAUACUUACGGAUGACGAGGUGUCAGUGUUAUUCUGUUUUCUGUGUUCUGACUCCAGUUCUCCUAACUUCAAUGACACAGAGUUGCUGGACUUGCUUAUUGGGGUAAAACAGGAAGUGUACCUUAAUAUGAAUCCUGUAACAAGUCAGGAAGCACAGCGAACUCUGAACAGACUGAAGUCACCUGAUUAUGGAUACCUUUGGGAAGAUCAGGACAAGCUAACGAAGGACACAAGGGAUAAAACAAUGGAUAGGGUAUCAUCAAUGAACACUGAUAUACCAUUCUGGUACAGUAACUCUGGCACAGCCAGUGCGUACCUGAGAUCAAAGGGCUACAACAGAAAAUCUGGAGAAAGGUGUGUAAUUGGUGUUGGCUGUGAUUCUUUACUGAUACAUCGUCUACAGAUGAACAUACUGACUCACGUCACAAUGGAAGACACGAAUAUAUAUCCUGAGAUAUGCCAGAUAUUGAAUGUUUCAAAUCAAAUGCUAAAGAAGGGUGAAGCUAAGCGAAAAGAUUUUCUAAUGGAUCUAAGAAAAAAAGGAAAGGAUGUUAAAUUCAGAAGAAGUUUACGGGACAGUGUAGAUCACGUGACAUGGCUCUGGAGAUACGGAUUGUACGCAAGACCUGACAUCGUGAGAUCCUGUAUUGGCCUCUAUCCACACAAUGAUAUUUACAUCAUAGACAACAAAGCUUACAGAAAACUAGGUUGGGCACAACCUACCAAAUGGUCCUUUAUCCCCGUUAGGUAG